AUGUCAUCGUCGAACUCACCGUGCGCGGCGUGCAAGUUUCUGCGGCGGAAGUGCACGCAGGAGUGCCCGUUCGCGCCGUACUUCCCGCCGGACAACCCGCAACGGUUCGCGUGCGUGCACCGUGUGUUCGGUGCUAGCAACGUGGCGAAGCUGCUGAACGAGCUGAGCGCGUCGCAGCGUGACGAUGCCGUUAAGUCUUUAGCGUACGAGGCGGAGGCGCGGUUGAGGGAUCCCGUGUACGGUUGCGUGGGGUUCAUCUCAUUGCUUCAGCAGCGUCUCAGGCAAAUCCAAACGGACCUUCACAAUGCAAAGAAGGAACUCGCUACCUACCUCAGUCCUCAGGCUAUGCAGUGCCUCUUGGCCAAUCCUGGUAUGCUGCAAUCUGCUGGGGUUGUUAUGCCUGGCGGCGGCAGCAGCAGCGGCCAUCAUCAAUUUCCGCCUGGGAAUCCCAAUAAUAUGCCGCCGCCGGUUUUUGCGGGGCACGGCGGAGGCCAAUUGGUUAUCCGUGAGCCUCAACAACAAGAGUUUUUUGAGGCUCAGCAAUUGGCUGCAGUUGCUGCUGCUCGAGAACAGCAGCAACAACAAACUAUGUUGAGGAACUACGAGCAGCAACAAGAACUUCUCCGAUUCAAUAGCGGGUUUGAACCGGUGGGUUCAGUUGCUCUUGCUGAUGGUGGUGUUGGUGGUAGUGGGUUCGGUAACCAUAUGGGUGCUCCUGGUCCUGGUCCUGGUCCUGGUCCUUCUGAGAUGUCUCCUUCUUUGGCUUUGGGUACCUUUGAUAAUGUUGGCUCUUAUCAGAUGCAGCAGCAACAACAGCAACCACAGCAAGGGGAACAUCAUGUUCAUCCUCAUCACCAUCCAAUUGAGGCACAGCUUCUUAUGUCCCCACAGCAUCAAAGCCAGAACUCUCAACAACAAUCGCAGCAGCAACAUUCUGAAAGCGGGGACGGUAGGAGCCUUGGUCCUUCUUGUUGA